AUGACGGGGAGCUCCGGCGAUUCCCCCGGCGGCCGCAUAGAGCAAUCCUUCUUAACAUCGCGAUUAAACGGGUUUGUAUUGUUCAGCCCUUUCGAACCAGAUUAUUUUGCCAUGAUGCCUGCGAGUGCCAGAGUCUCUGGGAAGCGCGUUCUCGGAGAGCCGACCAUGGCGCAGUCCGAGCACCCUACUCCGGCAAAGCGGGCUAAAACUACGCCUCAAGGAGGACUUCUCUCUGUUCCAUUAUCAGAUGCCCUUUACUCCGAGUCUGCGGUGCUUAAGAUCUGGAAUGUCGCCCGCAGGGCACUGGGCACCGUUGAGCCACCCGUCCUGUACCCCGAAUACACGGGCGCCGACGGAGGCUACGUCUAUCGUUACCUCGACUUCUGGACCUCUGGGUUCUUCCCAGGCUCGCUAUACCUCCUUCUCGAGCGCCAGACCCGGUAUCCACAGUACUACAUGCGACAGGACAAAACCGCGUCCCUACACCCCCUCCAGCUCCAGCAUCUGUGUCAGUGGUGGUCCGCGAAUCUGCAUGCAAACGCCGCAAAGAAAGACACACACGACCUGGGCUUCAUGAUUGCGCCUUGGGCCACCAAGGCAUGGUCUCUGCAUCGCGAUCCACAAGCUUAUAGCAGCUUGGUCCUAGCGGCACAUUCGCUCGCCGGUCGGUACGAUCCCCGCGUGCAGUCGAUUCGAUCGUGGGAUGUCUGCCACACAAAGCUCUACUCGUUUUGCGACCCCUCCAAGGACUUUCUCGUCAUCAUCGACAACAUGCUCAACCUGGAUCUCUUGUUCUGGGUUGCCCGCGAAACCGGCAAUCACUCACUGCACGAGAUUGCGGUGGCGCAUGCACGAACCACAAAGAAGCACCAUAUCCGAGCCGACAACAGCACCGUCCACGUCGUCAACUUCGACGCGCGGACAGGCCAGCCGCUCUCCAAGUUCACUCACCAGGGCUACAGUGAUGACAGCUGUUGGAGCCGAGGUCAGGCCUGGGGGAUCCUAGGCUUCAUGAACACCUAUGAGUGGACGAGGGAUCCUGAGUUCCUCGACACAGCAAUUGGGUUAGCGGACUGCUUCCUCUCGCGACUCCCCAAGGACCACGUCCCGUAUUGGGAUUUCGAUGCCCCUGUGACCAAGGGCUGUCCCAGGGAUACCUCAGCAGGCAUGGUAGCUUGCUGUGGGUUGGUCUUGUUGUACAAGGCACUGAAGGAGACUGACCCAACACGGGCGCAGGGCUAUCUCGACAAUGCGCUAGCAAUACUCGAGGCAACAGUCUCGGGAUUCAUAACACCGUCACUGGCUACAUUCGACGUGGAUAGAACGGGGACAGAUCAUCCCACUUUUCCUGAGGAUGAACCCCACAAACAGCCCGGUUCUCUGAGUAUGGCCCUCAAAGGCCCUCGAGCAGGGAAGUGCCCUGAGACGAUUCUAGAUGGAGCUACUGUCUGCAACUACGAGUUUGCGUCGAGGCGCUGGGCUGAUCAUGGGCUGGUGUAUGCUGAUUACUAUUUUCUCUUGCUUGGAAAUAUGCUGCUGGAUCUGGGGUUGGUUACAGAGGUGUGA